AUGACCCGUCCUGCUCCACCCAGAGGCUACUCCACCUCUGCUGCUGUGACCCGUCCUGCUCCACCCAGAGGCUACUCCACCUCUGCUGCUGUGACUCGUCCUGCUCCACCCAGAGGCUACUCCACCUCUGCUGCUGUGACGGGUUCUGCUCCACCCAGAGGCUACUCCACCUCUGCUGCUGUGACGGGUUCUGCUCCACCCAGAGGCUACUCCACCUCUGCUGCUGUGACCCGUCCUGCUCCACCCAGAGGCUACACCACUUCUGCUGCUGUGACAGGUCCUGCUCCACCCAGAGGCUACUCCACCUCUGCUGCUGUGACGGGUUCUGCUCCACCCAGAGGCUACACCACCUCUGCUGCUGUGACCCGUCCUGCUCCACCCAGAGGCUACACCACCUCUGCUGCUGUGACCCGUCCUGCUCCACCCAGAUGCUACUCCACCUCUGCUGCUGUGACCCGUCCUACUCCACCCAGAGACUACACCACCUCUGCUGCUGUGACUUGUCCUACUCCACCCAGAGGCUACUCAACCUCUGCUGUUGUAACCCAUCCUGCUCCACUCAGAGGCUACACCACCUCUGCUGCUGUGACGGAUUCCGCUCCACCCAGAGGCUACUCCACCUCUGCUGCUGUGACCCGUCCUGCUCCACCCAGAGGCUACACCACCUCUGCUGCUGUGACCCCUCCUGCUCCACCCAGAGGCUACUCCACCUCUGCUGCUGUGACCCGUCCUGCUCCACCCAGAGGCUACACCACCUCUGCUGCUGUGACGGAUUCCGCUCCACCCAGAGGCUACUCCACCUCUACUGCUGUGACCCGUCCUGCUCCACCCAGAGGCUACACCACCUCUGCUGCUGUGACCCCUCCUGCUCCACCCAGAGGCUACUCCACCUCUGCUGCUGUGACCCGUCCUGCUCCACCCAGAGGCUACACCACCUCUGCUGCUGUGACGGAUUCCGCUCCACCCAGAGGCUACUCCACCUCUACUGCUGUGACCCGUCCUGCUCCACCCAGAGGCUACACCACCUCUGCUGCUGUGACGCAAAGUGCUGCUGCCUUUUAA